GGAAGCCAGUUCCGUUCGGGUUUGCGAACGAAACGGAGCAAACGCGUCAAAGAGGCAAACGGGCGUCCAGAGAGUGGAGUGCGUGAGAAAACAUAAUGGCAGAUCAGACGGAGCUUCGUAUGAACCUGGUCGCCAUCAAACGGGUCGAUCCUUACGCCAAGGACAUUGUCAACUCGUCGGCACACGUCGCCUUCUACGUGUUCAACAAUGCGGACAGCGAGUGGGAGAAGACGGACAUCGAGGGGGCACUGUUCAUUUACAGCCGAUUCGCCGAACCCUACCACAGCAUCUUCAUCAACAAUCGGCUCAACACGAACUCACUGGUGGAACCGAUCCGCGGCCAAAUUGAGCUGCAAACGAAACCACCGUUUCUACUGUACCGUAACGAGCGGUCCCGUAUCCGGGGCUUCUGGUUCUACAACGAUUCCGAGUGUGGUCGCAUCGGCCAAGUAAUCCAACGGCUCGUGACGGAGUGUUCCGAUUCCGGCGAGAAGGGCGCCUUGCUGAAUGGCGCUGGCGGUGGUCCUGGUGGUAGUGGGACCAUUCCUCCCGGUAUGAUAGCCGGCGGCGGCGGUGGCGGCGGCCCCGUGCCCGGUAUGAACGGGAAUGCCCCGCCAUCAGAACCCAACAACGUGGACAUUUUCAGCAUGCUAACAAAGGCACAGGAAGAUUAUCAAAACAACACCACAGCUACUACGAUCGCGGGCAACAAUGUGGUUGGUGUUAAAGUAGGCGUGGAGCAGCUGCCUGGCGUAGCAACGCUUACCGCCGCCCAUCCAGGUGCCGGAAUGGUGCUCGCCGGGCACAGCCUACUGCCGCCGGAGCAGAUUUCCAACCAAAAUGCGCCGCGCAGCGUGGUGAACUUUUUUGCAGCCGCCAAACAGCCGGCAGCUUCGGAGGUGCCCCUCUUCAAGACGCUUGCUCCCGUUCACACGCUCGAGCAGAUCGAGAAGCUGCACCGGGCUUCGACGCCACAGAAAGAACCACCCCAACCGGUGCCGCCGGCUACGGUCAACACUGGAAAGCUAACGCCCGAUGUGACCGAGUUGAAGCGCAUGGGCAUUCCAAUAAUGACGGGUCCGAAUGGGCCGCAAACGCCGUCCGGUACCGGCCCAAUGCCCGAACUCGGGAGCUCACCAUUGGCAACGUUCCUCAGUGCGGCGAACCUUUCGUCGGCCAUUCGGGCCAACAACCACCCAGCGGUGAUGCCGAAGACGAAGCUGAUCGAGAUCAGUGAGCUGGAGUCGCGCCAAAACCAUCAACAGCAGCAGCACCAGCAGCAACAGCAACAGCCUACUCCGCUGCACGAGCUGCUGAAGAAGUCGGAUCCGAUCGGGGUGGCCAGUUUGACGGUCACAGGCACACCACCGACGGCCUCCGUCGUUCGACCGGCCCUGAUGCCUCCGACCAUGUUUAAACCGACGACGGCGUUAGUAGCCGCUGUGCCACCCGGUGGUACCACCAUCGGGGUAACUCCAUCCAGUGGUGGACAGCAAAAGGCGGCCCAAAGCACCGGAAAGCAGCCGACCGGUAGCAAGGGAGUCGCCAGGCAACGGGAUGGUGGUGCAGGCACUACACCACCGAAGCAUCAACCCGGUGGCGUAGCAACGGUGGCCGAAAUUCUGUCGAAGACGGCUGCCAACUCCAAGAACAACAACAUUAUGCACAGCACUAGCGCCAAGGCGAGUAGCGCCAAUGGCAAUAGUAAAAACAGUAACAAUAACAACAAUUCGGGUACCACGGGUGGACCGGUCGAUCCCCUGACCCAGAACCAGCUCAUCCAGGCGGUCAGCUAUCUGAUCAAACACGAUCCGGACUUUGUGCGGAAGCUGCACGAAGCGUACGUCAAAUCGUUUGCCGAAAUGAUGAUAUCGAAUUAAUGGGGCCCGUUCCGUAGUUCGAGCCAACACAACAGUUCUUUAUGUGCGCCUUCGCCACCCAUUCAAAGGGGAUCCCCGACCCACUUUCUCUCCCCUUGUUCUUGCCACACGCGUUGGCCGAUCUCUGCCACAUACACCCUCUGCCCAACCGAUACACCGCGAGUCGCGAUCGCGCAAUGAUCGACACAAGCUAAUACAUAUAUGGAUUGAGAUAGCGAGAGAAAGAGAGAGAGAGAGAGAGAGAGAGAGAGAGAGAGAGCAUGAGCUGCCAGUUUCAAACGAAAAGGACAAUGAAGUUUCAGCAAACAGUGUGACUAUUGUUUGAAGUUGGAUCUACUCACUGUACUUGGCCGUUUCUUGUAUUUUUACAAUAUUUCUUCAGCAUAACUAUUAGACACUAAUAAGUGAAUCACUUUUUUAGAUAUUAGUACUUUUAUUUGAUCUAGACACGUAUCAGCUAUGGCCUCUUGUUUGGGUUCUUUCAAUCUUAUCGGUUCCCAAGUACCCGUGUAGACAAGUAUGUAAAUGAUUUUUAUGGCGAUUAUUCUCAUUAUAUAGUUUUCGUGCGCUACAGUGACUACAUUUGAAACGAAUUUUACCUGAUAGCACCGACGACGAUUGAUGAUGAACGAUGAUCGAUCAAAUCGUAAAGAAGGAUGAUUUUUCGUUAGCACCAUAUCCUUUAAAUUCAUCAGCACAUUCUCAUUAUCUCUCUCUCUCGCUCAAAGUAAAACACCAAACAGCAGGAAAAACAGUAACGAUCGCGUCCAUAUUGAGAAUAGUGUCCUUUUGCCCAAAAAUGUAAUCAUUCGGAGCGCACAAAAACGCUCGUUCAGGACGUUCGACCAGUGUCCAUGGGAAUGUUAAUAAACCAGCAGAAGGGACAGCGCUACUUGGUGUAUUGCAAACCGUUUAGAAAACACUACAGCUUUGUCCACCCACCCACGAUUAACACACUUUGGUCCGUUUUUCCGUACUUUCAUCAUCGUAGUGUUUAACGGCACACACACGAGGGGAGCAUGUACCUUUGUAGAGCGCGACGCAUAAUGUGAGGCAAAACAAUUAUCUAGCAGCAGCUGUAACACGAUAUCCACUCGAGGGGAUUGAUGGAGAUGAAAGAAAGAUGAAAUGAUUAAAUGGUAGAUAACUCGACACUUUUCGAUGUAUAAUAAUAUUAGGGAAGGUGAAAGCAGAAAAAGUGGCAGCCGCAUAGAGCCCGGAGGAUGGAGCGAUAAAGAUGUUAGGUCAGCUCAGAAGAAAACUCUGAAAAGACGCUCCAAACCCAAACACAGCUACAACGAUUCCAGACAUGCAGUUCUUUAGUCAGUAUAUUUCUCGUUAGCGCUCUCAGAAUUAUCGAUGUAAAGAGUUUGACCGUAAGUCCUUCCGGAGCGCGGAGGGGACGCCAGACACACACAAGAUCAGAAUAAUGGCGAAAGUACGACACAAUAACAAAACGAUUGCGUGCGCCUGCUAUGUGUUGGA